AUGGCUCUUGUGCGUCACUCCCUGACUCUCACCGCGGCGGUUGUCCUCGCGGCUGCCGCGCUCCUCGCCGCUCUUCCCGCCGCGAGCGCCGCUGGGGUGGAUUACAGCAAGAGCGGGCUCGACUGGGAGGGAGUGUGCGAGUCGGGCGAGCGGCAGUCGCCAAUCAACAUCGUUAUGGACGAGGCAACGACAGUGGACGCACCAGAGAAGUUUGCUCUCGAAUAUGACUCUGCGCCCACCACUGCCACCGUCGUCAACAAGGGCUACACCGUCCAGGUGGUUCCGAAUCCGUCCAACACAUACAAGCUGCACAUAGCAAGCGCCACAUACAUCCUGAAGCAGGUGCACGUGCACGCCUUCUCAGAGCAUGCCAUCAACGGGCUCUUCGCACCCAUGGAGGCCCACUUCGUGCAUGCCCAUGUCGACGACCCAUCAAGGCUCGCCGUUGUGGGCGUUAUGCUCCGUCUGCAGCGCGACGACCAUGCCAGUGAUUGGGUUGACUCCUGGUUGGGCAAGACCCUCUCGGAGGUGAACGGGACAGCCACCAUUGACGUUCCCAAGAACUUCUGGAGGGAGAUGGUGGAUGUGUCCAUGGGGUUCUGGCGCUACCCCGGCUCGCUCACCACGCCGGGCUGCGAUGAGAUUGUUGAGUGGCACGUGCUGCGCAAGGCCCAGUUCCUCUCCGUUGCUCAGGCUGCGACGUUCAUGAAUCUGAUGGCCAGCAUGAACAAGGAGCGCACCAACAACCGCAUGCCCGAGCCACUCAAUGGCAGGAAAGUCACUUACUUCACUAAAGUCGCAGCCUGA